AUUUUUAUUACUGUAUAUCAAAAUAGUUUAUUUACAGAUGAUCGGUAUAGAAAUCUGUACAGCAUAUCUUCUUAUACAUUUUGGAUUUGGUAUUAGUCAGAUGCCAAAUAAAUCUCCUAUUCUACCAAUUGUUGAAGAUCUUCCUUUUAUCAAGUGUGAUGUAUGUCAAAAAGCUGCUAAAGUUCUUUUUAAAACCAUAGAAAAUCAAAGAAGUGAGAAAAAGCUUGAUGAAGACGAUGUCCUUUCCAUCGUUGAAAAGUCAUGUGAUACAGAUGUUUUAUACGGUGACUGGAUAUCUCGGCUGGAUAUAGUUGAAAAAGAAAAUGACUUAAAAGUUGUAGAACACCCUCAGGAGGGUAAAUGUGAUCGAGAGUGUAAGACUAUUUCUCGAUCUUGUGAAGAUAUCAUAGGUGAUAUUGACACAGAUAUUGGCGAGUUAUUAUGGAAAAAUGAGAUGAAAUUGGCAACUUUUAUUAAUCAUGUAUGUUAUAAACUUACUAACUCGUGUAAAGCUAAAAAAAAAUAUGUUAAAGGAAGUCACAAGGAUUAUAAGUUUGUUGAAAUGAGUGAAAAAGAAAAACAAGCCAGGGAUUUAAUGAGAAAUAUGAAAAGUGUUCCUGGUAUGCCUGGAAUGGAAAUGUAUAGUCAAGACGAUUUGCAGAAUAUGAGAGAGCAAAUGGGCGUGAGAAAUGAAGAUGAGAAUCAACAAGACAGCGAGCAAAGUGAAAAUUAUGAUGAAGUUUACCGUACUAAGUUAGGAUUUUUUGAAACUUUAAAAUUUUUUUUAAAUGACUUGUGGAAAAAAAUAAAGUAUUUGUUUAGUUAUAUAUCUUAUAAAAAAGAACUUUGAUUUACAAAUAAUUGUCUUCUUUUGUUCAAACUUUCAUUUUAAGACUUAACUAUGCUUAAUAGAAUUUUUUGUAUUGA